AUGGAAACAAAUUAUCAUAUUUAUUCUGAUAAUAAAAAAAAUAAUUUAAAUAAAAUAAUUGAAACAACACCAACAUCAAUAAAAUAUGAAUUACCAGAUGUUUUAUUAUUAUCAGAUAAUGAUAAAGUUGAAGGACAUCCAUUGACAGAUCCAUAUUAUACAAAAGAAGAUAAAGGAUUAAUGAAAUUAAUGUUAUCAUAUUUUGUAGAAUUUAUGAGACUCUCAAAAAUGAAACCAUUAUCUGACAAAAAAAAUAAAGAUAGACCACAUUUUAAUGUCCAAUUAGAUGGAAAUGAAAAAUUAAGAUGCAUUAUCAAUAAUUAUGAAAAAGCAUUAGAAAUGAAAAAUUAUUGUUGUGUAGGAUUCUUUGGUACUAAAAGUUUUGAUGCUAAAUCCAAGUUAAAUGAAAUUAUUACAAGUGACGAUGCAUUGGUUUCAAUACUUCCUGAAUUUCCAUCAAUUAUUGGUUAUGUAACAAUUCAAAAAGAAAAACCAAAAUCCCAAGAACUUUUAUCCCAUCUUCCAAAUACAAUUGACGAUAAUUAUGCAAAUAUUGUAAUUAUUGAAAAUUUUGAAGUGGUAAAUGAAUGGAGACGUCAUACUGUUCAUAGAGACGCCAAUCAAUAUUUAUCACCACUUUAUUAUCAUAUGGUUAGAAUUCAUAAUGCUCAAAUCUCAAUUCCAGCUGAAUGUUUAUCAGAAUAUUUCCAACUUUAUCAACACGACCAAUUAGAUAUUAAUUUCAUAAGAACAAAGUAUUAUUCAUUCACACCAGAUGGUAAAGUUAAUUUAAGAGCAUUAAGAGAAUAUAAAGAAUUGAGCUUUGCAUCUUUCCUAAGUCCAAAUUCUUUUGAAUUCUUUAAAGAGAUUGUAAAUGAAAUUGGUAAAAAAUUAAAAGUUUCUACAAAAUUAAUUGAUAUUUAUUCAUUAAUUAAUCAAUCUGAAAAUGCAGGAGAAUUAAUUAAUGAACCACCACAUAAAUUAAUGGUUGAAUAUGGUGUUGAUUUUGCAUUUAUGUGUGGUUUAGCAUUUGUAAAUGCAGGUCCAAAAUUAUUAUCACCAUUGGUUUCACCAGUUAGAAUUGAAGAUCAUUAUCAAAAUAAACCAAUUUAUUUCAGUAAUUUAAUUGUUAAAAAUCAAAGUACAAUUAAUGAACUUUCAAAAGAUUUAACAUUUAUUCAUAAUGGUAAAGAUUCAUUUUCAGGUUAUCAAAUUUUAAAUAGUCAUUUAAUAAACAAUCAUCAAACUUUAUCAAUUGAAAAUUAUUUUAAAAAUUCAAUUUUUACAGGUUCACAUUUAAAUUCAAUUGAAUCAAUUAAAUCUUCACAAGUAAAUGAUAAAUUAAUUGCUUCAAUUGAUUCAACAGUUUUAGAUACUGAAUUAUUAAAUAAUAGAAUUUCAUUAGAAAAUGAUAUUAAAAUAAUUAAAACUUUAGGACCUUCAGCAAUGCCACCACUAGUUUCAAAAUUAUCAUCACCUCAUUCAAAAUCUUUUUCAAAUGAAAUUCAAAAUUAUUUAUCAUCAAAUGAAAUUUCAAAAUUAUUAGAACCAAUAUUAUUAAAAUUUAAUUAUAAAAGAUUUGAAAUUGUAAAUUCAUCAAGUUUUGAUGAUAUUAGAAAAACUAUUAAUUUAAAUUAA